AUGGAAGACAUAAAACUAAAUCAAGAUGAGCAUAUUCCCAUUGUAGGUCACGACCGCUCAAGCAUCGACUCUUCCCGUCCUUUUAGCUCGGUGAAAGAAGCCGUAGCCAUUUUCGGCCAACGGAUUCAUCUACCAGGACACUCACAAACCCUAAACCCGAAACCUAAAACCCUUAACACCAGUACCAGUCCUACCCUUAGCCAUGGUGCAUCUUCCUUGUCAUCUCCAUCACCUCGGAAGCAACCCUUUUCGAAACCUAAAACCCCUACCACCAGUACCAGUCCUACCCUUAACCAUGGUGCAUCUUCCUUAUCAUGUCCAUCACCAUGGAAGCAACCCUCACUGCCAUCUUCCCCCUCAAACCCUAAAGAGGAGUUCAUGGAUGUUUUGAAGAAGCUUGAAGCCGAGCUAAAGGAGACGAAGACCGAGCUGAAGCUCUUGCAGGAAAGAGAGUCGGAGACAGAGGUGGCUUUGGCUACUUUAAACGCCGAGCUCCACAAGAACAUGUCCAAGAUUGCUAAAGCCGAGGCUGAUGCAGCCGGGAAAAGCGCAUCAGCCAUGGCUAAAACGACUUCGGGUUUUGAGGCAACAAAGAGGAGGAAUGAUGAGAGAGAGAUUAGUGUAGUGAAGAGGGAGGAAGAUAGGAGGAAAGAGCUGAUGAGGAGGAUGGAGAAUGAGUAUCCCACACUGGCACAGAUACUUGAUGGCAACAAAGGAAACAGAGAAGCGCAUUUCGGGAAGAAGAAGAAGAAGAAGAAACCUAUUGUUCCUCUUGUCGGAGAUUUCCUCUUCAAGAAGAAAGGGUUCUCUGGUGAAAUCUCUGCUCCUGUUUCUUCAACUCCGCGCUUUAGCUGAAACUCAAAACCCACAGAGAAUCGAUCCUAUAUGUAUAUAUACAUAUGCAUACCUAUAUCUGUCCGUGUGUUUGUGUGUGAGGUGUUUUUCGUUCUAU